ACAAACCAAAUUCUAUGUGCAGUAUAUCCUUAUGUUAGGUCACCAACACUGGAUGUACGUAGUCUGUCUUCACGUUUGUUUGUGAUGAGCGUACCUCUGAUAAACUGACGCUUCUCUUCCUUUAUGGUUUCUGUAUAGUCUCUACACUUUAUUUACUCAGUUGGUAAAGGGUACCUUUUUUUCAAUGUCAGAACUUUUUCCCCGUUAAAUGCCAUUGUUAAUCUUUAAUCUCAUUGACUGCACUUCCUCAAGUGUGUGAGGGGUGGUUUGUGUCAGGAAGGCAGAGUGGCCACAUCCUGACUGAUGUUUUAUGCUCAGUGAGCUGGACUCUCUUUCAAGUAUGGAUGGCAACAGCACAACUGCUCUACCGAUUGAAUACAGGAUCAGCCUGGUGGUUCUCUACGUGCUUGUCUUUAUUGGUGGGAUCAUCGGGGCGAUCAUAAUAAGCACCACCAUUAUGUCCAACAUGUUGUCUGUCACCACAGUGUCAGUGAUCAAUCUGCUGGUGGUGCACAUGAUCUUCCUGCUCACGUUGCCCUUUCGUGUCUACUACUAUGCCUCCGGCGAAUGGAAACUAGGCUUCAGCUUUUGUAAGCUGGUCAGCAGCAUGCUUCACGUGCACAUGUACCUCAGCUUUAUCUUCUACGCCAUCAUCCUGUGCAACCGAUACUUGACUUACUUUGAAUGGAGACAUCGACUGGAAUUCUACCGAGUGUUGCAUGCUGUAAUAGCCAGUGUGACUGUCUGGGUCAUCAUUUUGGCUACUGUUAUCCCUUCUACCAUCAGUUAUGGAUCAGGAAUGAAUACCAUUGAUAAUCAGUGCUUUACCUUUGGAAAUGCUCUUCAAAAUACAGAUAUUAAAAAGCUGAACUACGUCAUCUGCACUGUGGUGCUGCUGAUGUGGGUGCUCUUAGCAUCAUGUCAGUGUUACAUAAUUUGGUGCGUGCGCCAAAAACAUGGAAAAGUCCUUUGGGUUCAUCAGGAGUUCUGGGCUCAGAUCAAGAGCCUGUGCUUUGUGUUGAUCAUGCUCAUUUGCUUUGUGCCAUACCAGGCCUUCAGGAUCUACUAUGUAUGCAUAUAUUGGCAAGGACUUGAAAAAGUCAAUGAGGUUUUUCUGGCAGUCACGGCUUUCAGCUGCUUUGACAUGCUUUUGUUUGCUGGCAGAGGAGUGUGCCGCCCUGCUUACAAAAUGUGUUGUGCUUCAUGAUGGGGGAAACCUAUUGACUGAAAGAAUGAUGCCUUUCCUCACUUCAGCUUGAGUAGAGUUUUGGCAUUAUCAGUUACACAAGUGCUUGAAGAUCACAACUUAUCUUUAGCUGCUUUUAUGAUUUAUAUAAUGAUUACAAAAUUUAAUAUAUUCUUGCGAGUUAAAGAUACACUAAUAUUCUGAAGUCAUAUGGAGUCAAAGGCUAGCCAUAUUUAAUGUGUGCAAAUAGAGACUACAUUGACAAAAAAAUAUGUGGACACCUGACCAUGACAGGCCUCUUUGCUGUUGCAAUAACCUCCUCUGUCAUUCUGUCUUUAGUGAGAUCAGGAGUUUUUUCCAUGCCACCGUCACCUCAGGCUUACUCAUUAGGUAUAAUAACUUAACUUUUAAUUUUUAUUCUAUGUUUCUAUACUACUGUGAAGCUGCAUUAAGACAAUGUCCAUUGUUAAAAGCGCUGUACAAAUAAAUUGAGCUCAGGGGUAUUGUCAUGGUGGGAUAGAUUUGGGUCUCUUAGUACCAGUGAAGGGGAACUUUAAUUCUAUACCAUACUGACAUUCUCUUGUGCUGUGCUUCAAAAAUUGUGCACAGUUUGGGGAAGCAUCACAUGUGGGUGGUGGUUAGGUGUCCACCUACUUUUGUAAAGUAAUCGCCUUUGGUUUAAUGUAAUUACCUUGUGCUGAGCUAUUACUGAAUCUAUUAGUCUUGGACCUUUGCAAAACUGGUGUUGGGACUUUAAUCAUCAACUGCUGUGCUUUAAUUUACUUCUUCAGUCUUUAAGAGGCAUCAUCUGUUGUCUGGACAGAAAAUGUUUGUUUAACAAAUAGAUCAGGUAUAUAUAUAUAUAUAUAUAUAUA